CGAUGCUGGUCAUUCGCGAGUUCGAAUUUAGAAAGUAAACUUUUUAUUCCGCCAUUUAAUUUUUACAAGGCUGGUUGCCGGUUAGUCGUGCUCGGUGUGCCACUGAUCGUGCACGUGUAUACCUGCAAGUAAAGUUAAGUCCCGUUAGUGAACUCGUUUGUCGGUCGAAAGGAUUUAUUGAGCGUACAGAAGAAUACACCGGUGUUAUGUCAGCGACGAAAUAUUCUCACCCAUUCCUGAACGGCCUAAAGCCGCUUCCAGAAGGCUAUGACGAGGAAUUACAGCAAAUAAGAGAGUGGAUGAAAAGUCAACCUCAUUUGCCGUAUAUAUCCGACGAGUACGUGUUUCUAUUCCUCCACUCUAAUUACUAUAAGGUGAAAGAGACAAAAGACACCAUAGAAUGUUAUUUCACCCUGAGGAACAAUUCCCCAGAUCUAUUUACUAAUCGCGAUCCACUGUUGCCGAAGAACAAAACUAUAUUGGAUAUUACGCAUAUGAUAGCUUUCCCCAAGCUAUCGCCGGAGGGUCACCACAUUCUACUUUACCGCCUCGCAGACACCGACUAUAGCAAACUAAACUUUGCGGAUGCAGUGCGCGUGUUCUGCAUGUUUAAUGAUAUCAAACUCUCCGAAGAUCGCCUCUCUGAGGGCUACAUUGUCAUCUUCGAUAUGAAAGGAUGCAGCCUCGGACAUUUGACUAGGGUUACGUUGCCCGCGUUGAGGGCGUUUAUGCAUUACAUUCAGAACGCGCAUCCGUGUCGUCUAAAGAAGAUACACGUAGUACACACUGUGUCAUUCAUCAACCAGGUCAUGUGCCUCGUCAAACCGCUCAUACACUCGAACCUGCUGAACCUUCUAAACUUCUCUUCGGAAGGUCCAGAAUCUGUAGUCGAUGUUGAAUACCUCCCAGAAGACUACGGCGGUCCACAAACUUGCGUGAAGCAACUGCACGAGGAGCAACGGAAGAAUAUGGAGACCAAUUACAGAGAUUGGCUGAUUGAAUCGGAGAUAUUCAAGGUUGAUGAAAAGAAGCGUAUUAAAAAGCCAAGUAAGGGUAUGUUUGCGAGUUUCACGAGUAGUUUUAAGAGCCUCGACAUUGACUGAUCUAUUUAAUCCAUUCCUAUUUUAGACAUUUCCCUUGAAUGGUCAUGCCUUGUUCCAUGUUUCAGGUUCAUGUAAGUUAGGUAAAGAGGAAUCAUAUCACCAUUAACUAUUUGUGAAUUUAUUUCAACUAUGUUGACUUAUUGAUUUUGAUAUUUUUCAUUGAUAUAGUGUAUGCAUUCAUUUCAAUAAUGAUUAUUAUUUUGCCGUCGUUAAGUUCCAAUUGUUAUUCAAUAUUGGAUUUUAGUAACAGCACUUGCUCAAUUAAUAUAUGAUGUAAAUUAUAUAUAACACUGUAAAUAAUAUUAUUUAGAAUGGUUAAUUCUUGUUAUAGUUCUUGUCAAUGAUUUUUUUAUAUUCAAUCAUUAUUGUUAAGGAAGAGAGCUCUGGAUUUUUUUCUGUAACUUAAAAUAAAAAAGUUGAUAUGGUUCAACAGGUAUUAAAUUGGAUGCAAUAAAAGAAAACAUUUUAAGGGAAAUAUUAAGGAAAACAUUUUAUUAUUAUUAAGUGUUUUUUGUUUUGUUUUCAAACGAUGUUAUCUCGUUAACUCAACUAGAUAGAAAAGUGAUACAAGCUAUGUCUGUGUUCUUUAAUAUCAGUAGGGCUAUUCUGUAAGAACGUACUCGAAGCUAAGCGCAAAAAACGGUCAUGAAACGUCAAUGUCACGUUUACCAUAAUAAUUAUAACAUUUCAACAAUAUACGCGUCAAAAUAAAAAUAAAAAUAAUAUCACCAUAAGUUGGUUGUCAACAUUUCACAAGUUUUCAUUACUUAAUGAAGUGAGUUCUUAAAAAAUAACACUGCAGGCCAUUAAGUGACAUAAACUUCGUUGUUGUACAAGAAAUUUUGUCUUGGUACAGUCUUAGUUUCCUGCUGUGUUAAGAUGAAAGACUAGAGCCAGUUUUAAUACAGCCACAAGGGACAACGUCUUAGACUAUAGUUGGCAUUGCUUUGACGGUGUCACGAGUAUAGCAGUACAUACUUCCACCGGUUCCAAUGUCUAAGGACUGAAGAUAAAGCUGACCACUUACUGUCUUAGAUGUGGCUUAGAUCCACUUUAAAAAAAAGUUUUUCAAAAAAUAUAUUAAAGCGCGUAAUUGUGCCACUGCUAGGCGAAGUCCUUUUAUAUUAAGGGUUUAGGAAGAGGACAACAAAAAUCUUAAAGUCGAACCUUCGGUUCCUAGGAUAAGAUUUUUUCGCGUUAGAUGAUGUGUAGCAAUAUACAACCAAAUAUGUACUAUAUAGUUUAAACUAAGGGCUUACUUUUGCUUGUAAUCUGUAAAGGCUUUGAUUUAACAUAAGUCUCGAACGUAAACCGCAGGGUUGUUUCGAUAAUCGAAUCGCUUGGGCGUUUCGUAAUCGCCGUGCGGUUGACAUGUUGUGAUGCGGUUUUUAAGCCUUCCUCUCACAAACAGGCAGAUCUUGUUUUGUAGACUGUUAGCCAUGAACUAAACAAUAAAAGUAUGUAUCUUAUUAUCGAGCUACAAUAUUAUUUUCAGUUAAUCAAUACCGUGUGGAUUUCGUAUUAAAAUAAAAUCAACGUCAAUUUUUGGAAAUUCCACUGGCAUUAAAAUAAGUCGAGAACUUAUUUACUGUUUCGCGUCAAUACACACGUGUGGACAUAAUACUUACAUUUUUAACCUGUGUAAAAAAAUUAAAUUGAUGUACACAAUUCGCAAAGUUUGAUAGCCGGAACACCUUGCGCAUUGGUAUAAUGCCAAGGAUUAUAAUGGUACAGUUUCGAUAUUAGCUGUUAUUUUUUUAACAAGUAAUUGCCGUGAAAUUUGUUAUUAAUCUAACAGAUAUAUUUUUAUAUUUCAUAACAUUUCAUUUCAUAACUAAUUGUAUUCAAUUUUACAUGUGUAAUAUUUAUAUGAUGUGUUAUUCCAGUAUCGGUGUUGGUGAAUGGUUUGGAUUUUUUUAAAUAUUUUUAAUUCAAUAAAAAUAAAAAACAAUUAUAACCUCCAUUCGUUUGUUUAUAUAAUCUGUUCUCUUUUGGACGAAAUCAUAAAAAUCAAAAUGUUCUUGUAAUAUUAAGUAUCGAAUAUCAAAGUUAACGAAAAAUUUAAGUGUUGAACGUGUGUAUUAGGCCUGCAGGCAAUUUGGCAGGGUCGAAGGGAAAUUUGGCAAGCGAUGUCUUUGAAAUAUAUACGACAAAGUUAUAUGUAAUAAAUUAUCUAGUAUUCAUAUUGUUGGAGUCCUUGACAGUAAAAAUAAGACCAAGUUUUUUUUUAAAUCCACACUCGAGCAACGGCUUAAAUUUUUUUACUCUUGAAUAGAUCAAUAAUCACAUACUUGCCUUAUUUUUUUAGAAAUAACUUUUAACUUUUCAAGGAAAGGUUAAAUAUAUAGCUUUAAUAAAAUUUAAAUGGCUUGAAAUUAAGCUAAGUAGCAAGUAGACAUUUAUUUUAGAUUUAAUAAUCUAUUAUCAACAUUGUAUAAUGGUGUUCAGGGUAUAUAAAUGGUUUAAAAAUAUAUUUAUUCUGUAUAAAGUUACCACGUUUAAAAAUUAUAUUUAGUUUUCUAUUGUGACUGCUUAGUAUUUAAAAUAAUGCGUUUUUUUGUUUUUUUUUUGUUAGUAUUUUGACAUAAUUUUGAAAAUAUUAUAUCCAUAACCAUUAAUUACAUAUAUUUUUGUAAAUAUAU